CACCUGACAUUCGUGCUGAGAAGUGAACCCUGGUCCCCUGCGAGAGCAACACAGGGCUCACCUCCCAUUUACAGACCCCCUGCUGAAGUGUUUCCCUACGGCCAGUGCAGAGACUUGGUGCCCUGUGAGUCAGUAAAGAGCAGAGGCAGAAGUGAGGCGAGUGGUUAGGUGGGUGCAGUAACGCUGAGAAUAUGCUAAUUGUUGGAUGGAAACCAUUUUCCUUCCAAGCGGCCAAAGAGACUCACUCAGGGGACCUAGUGCAGGGCUAAAGUGUGUGUCUGAGAACGAGAUCCUCACCCUGGGGCUUUACCAUCUAGUUGGGUGAAAGGAUAAGUACAUAAAACAGUGGGUGGAUUCAAGCACUUAAAAGUAACAAGCUAAAUAAAUGGCUUUUUUUUUCCUUUUUGAGACCAGAUGUUCCUUUUGGCUCAGGCUGGCCCUCACUCCUGGGCUCCUCCUGUCUCAGCCUCCUGAGUAGCUGGGACCUCAGGAAUGUAGCACUUUUCCUUGCCCAGCACUUAAGCACUUCGGGGAAAAUCGUGAAGAGGCGUAUCUCAGUGUGUGUGUGUGAGAGAGAGAGAGAGAGAGAGAGAGACGGCGUAUGCUACCAGUGUGCGGAGAGGAUGAGAAAGGAAGUGGGUUAGUGAAAUGAAUGUCAAUUGGACAAAAGAGGAAAUGAAAUGCCACCCAUGGCAUAGGUUUCAUAUGGGCAAUUAUAAAAGGCCAGGUACUCUGUGCAGCACCCACCACAAACCCUCCUAUUCACCCUCGCUGGGAGCCGCAAGGUACAGCUUGGACUUUGAGCUGGGCGGCCCAAGAUUUGGGUCCUGCCUUUGUUCCUCAGAGACCAGCUCUUGUGCUUUUGCUGUUUCCUCUAACAAUUAAGGCAAACACCUGCCUCAAAGAACUGUAGGGAGGAUUAGCGACCACAGGCAUAGCCUGGCUGGGAUAGGGUCACCCCAUGAGGCUCCUCCUUCUCAGAGCUAAGGAGAGGAGCUAAGAGAGCUAAGAGCUAGCUGUUGCCAUAUAUAUAGGAUCAACUGAGGUGUCUGUGUACCUCAGACCCUGGCUAGUACAAAGGAAAGGGCUAGACCACAGCUGCCCUGUUGAGGAGGACAGAGCCAGGAAGGGGUGGCAGGGCCUCAUGUAAAACCACUGGGUUUGUCACGUCGAGAGUGGGAGGAAGGACACUCCAGGUUGGAGAAGCACCAGCUGCCACGGCAGAGGCCUGAUAGCACAUGGUGCGUGCAGGAUUCACUGGCUUGCUGUCUGCGCUGCUGAAGCUGUGCCACCAAAGGCUUCCAGCCUUGACCAGUCAUCUGCCCCUGAGGUCAUAGACCACACUCCCAUGUCUCGCCUCUGCUUGCUUUGGGACAGACUCUGUAUAGACACCAGGCUACCACCCUGGAGGUGAAAGCCAUGCUCGGACCUUAGUAUUCCCCCAUAAUGCCUCAGCCUAGUUUCUCUUCCCACUUGGACAUGAUGUUUGCCAAUUCUUCAGCCAACGCCUCUUCCACCAACAGCUCUGUGCCCCAGUGCCGUGACUACCAGGGUACACAUCGUCUGCAUAUGGUGGUCUACAGCCUGGUGUUGGCGACUGGUCUCCCCCUCAACGCUCUGGCCCUCUGGGUCUUCCUGCGUGUGCUGCGCAUAAACUCGGUAGUGAGCGUGUACAUGUGCAACCUGGCAGCCAGCGACCUGCUCUUCACCCUGUCACUGCCCCUGCGCCUCUCCUACUACGCCCGGCACCACUGGCCCUUCUCGGGCUUCCUGUGCCAGACGUCGGGCGCCAUCUUCCAGAUGAACAUGUACGGCAGCUGCAUCUUUCUGAUGCUCAUCAACGUGGACCGCUACGCGGCCAUCGUGCACCCGCUGCGGCUGCGCCACCUGCGGCGGCCCCUCGUGGCGCGGCGGCUCUGCCUGGGCGUGUGGGCGCUCAUCCUGCUGUUCGCCGUGCCCGCCGCCCACGUGCACAGCCCGUCCACCUGCAGGUACAAGAACAUCACGGUGAGCCUGUGCUUCGAGAGCUUCAGCGAUGAGCUGUGGCAGGGCGGGCUGCUGCCGCUCCUGCUGCUGGCCGAGACGCUGGGCUUUCUGCUGCCCUUGGCGGCUGUCCUCUAUUCGUCCGGCCGGGUCUUCUGGACGCUGGCGAGGCCGGACGCCACUCAGAGCCAGCGGCGACAGAAGACCGUACGCCUGCUGCUGAUCAACCUCAUCAUCUUCCUGCUGUGCUUCGUGCCCUACAACGCCACGCUGGCAGUGUACGGGUUGCUGCGAGCCAACUUGGUGAAAUCCAGCCUUCAGGCCCGCGAUCAGGUGCGCGGUGUGCUGAUGGUAAUGGUGCUGCUGGCCGGCGCCAACUGCGUGCUGGAUCCGCUGGUGUACUACUUCAGCGCCGAGGGUUUCCGAAACACACUUCGCAACCUGGGCACCUCGCUCCAAACCAGGCCUUUGGCUACCAAUGGGACUAGAGGGGUGCUCACCGAACCACCCUCAGAAGCCACCCAAAACACCGGGCAAGAUGCCACCAGUCAGGGGCUACUCCAGCCCGCCAAUCUGGAAACACCGGCUACCCAGUGCCCCCAGGAUUCGGCUCUCUGAAAGGACCAAGUGUCACACUGCAGGCUUGGGCCUCUCUCAAAGGCUUAGGGUGUACAUUUGAGGGAGGCGGGCUGGGAACUUGGACGGUGAAGCAACUCCAGUCCUAGUGUGCAGAAGGAACGGGCGUGUAAGCAAGGGUAGAGGAAAGGAAGAGCGUUGGCGGGGACAGUGUUAGCCUCUGGUUUUCAUACAGAGGAACCCUGCUCCAGUAUGCCGGAAGCCAUGGAGCGAGCAUGCCCCUGCCUAAGAGCUGGUACAUGGAGCAGAAGAUGGAUCUCCUGGGUUUAGGUCGUCAGUCUGAGAACUGAAGGUCCCCUGACCCCCGUGAAUCAACUACACAGAAGUUCAUCUGUCAUCUUCAAAAGCAAAGCAAAACGCAGGGCUGGUGGUGGGACUUGGAGCCCACUGCCUGUACCCGCGGGGCCAUCACAUUCCCCCUGAACGCCAUCCCAGCCCUCAUGCUGCCUUCUACGCUGAUUUCAGGGCCAUACACACCAAGCCACCAGCCCUCACAUACACGUGGUCUCCCUGUGCAGGUGGGAGGCCUAAUACAAAGUUUUAUUUGAA